GAGGAGCUAAGCACUCGCUGCCACACUGCAGCAGACUCACAAAGCAACAGAUUUGAAGUUUACGACGACGACCACCAUCAUGACUCCUGUUUUCUUCUCUCUCCUCUUCAUGUCAUUGACUGCCAUCCUGCCAGGUGCGACUGAAAAUGGAGAUCAGUUGGGUGAAUCUGUAGACCUCACUGAAAUCAUCGAACAAACCAAUAAAGACUUACCAAACCUGAGCCAUGGAGAUAUUUUGGAGAAUAGAAACAGGAAUGCAGACCCCUGCACGGCGAUUGGAUGCAAGUGGCCUAAAAAAGGCAGACUUGUCAAAGUGCCCUACAUAAUCUCCAAUAAAUACAGCCCUGCUCAAAUAAAUUUUAUCAAGUCUGUCAUGUCAACCUUUCAUGGCGCUACAUGCAUUCGCUUUGUCCAGCGGAAACGCCAAAAGGAUUUCCUCCACUUCUUCCGUGGAGCUGGGUGCUGGUCCUUCGUGGGCUAUCAGCAAGGGGAACAGCUCGUCUCCCUGAGUGACGGGUGUUUCUACACACCCGUGGUGCAGCACGAAAUCCUUCACGCUCUCGGUUUCCACCAUGAGCAUUCCCGCUCUGACAGGGAUGAUCAUGUUAUAAUCAAUUUCACAAAUAUUAUAACAGGCACAGAAGCUAACUUCUACAAGAGGAACACUAAUAACCUGCAAACUCCCUACGACUUUGACUCUGUCAUGCAGUACAACAAUUUCGCCUUUUCCAAAAAUGGACUGGCAACCAUCAUCGCCAAGAAUCUUGCUUCCCUUUACUUUGGAAAUGCACAAUCCAUGAGUUCAAAUGACAUUGAGCGCAUCAACAGACUUUAUAAUUGUUAAAUGUGAAGACAGAAGAAACUGGCUGUCCUCCAGAUAUUUGAUGUCAAAACUUCAUGAUUACGCCAACAUCUCUGUUUUAAUCAACCAACAAUGAUUAAUGGCUGAUAAUCAGUGACACUGUAAAUAUAUCUGUAUCUAUACACACACACAUAUAUAUAUAUAACAGUUGUGUAUGUAUAAUUUUUGAAUCAAUGCUAUUUUUACCUAAUAAGGUGGACAAAUUUAUUUUUUCUUUUGUUUGGGGUCAGGGCUAGCUGUAAUAACAUACUCGAAUGAAACAAUUAAUAAAUAAAAUCAACAACAA